UCUUCUGUAAAAUCUUACCUAACAUACACCAGUAUAGGUUGUACACCCAUACUAUGAAAUGUUAUGAAGCUUUAAAAAGAAUGACCUGGCUUGGCUGGAACUUGGGGCGGUAGGUAGGAGGCUCGGCCCCGGCGCGACACCGGGAUCCGGACGUACUGCACCGGCCAGGCUGGACUUAAAACUUGACCUGAAAAAAUGUCUGGAUUUCUGGAAGGCUUGAGGUGCUCAGAGUGCAUUGAUUGGGGGGAAAAGCGCAAUACUAUUGCUUCCAUUGCUGCCGGUGUUCUAUUUUUUACAGGCUGGUGGAUCAUCAUAGAUGCAGCUGUCAUUUACCCCCGCAUGGACGAAUUCAACCAUUCCUACCACGCGUGCGGUGUGAUAGCGACCAUAGCCUUCUUAAUGAUUAAUGCAGUAUCAAAUGGACAAGUCCGAGGUGAUAGUUACAGUGAAGGUUGCCUGGGUCAAACAGGUGCUCGCAUUUGGCUGUUCAUUGGUUUCAUGUUGGCCUUUGGCUCUCUGAUUGCGUCGAUGUGGAUUCUUUUUGGAGGAUAUGUUGCUAAAGAAAAAGCCGUAGUAUACCCUGGGAUUGCUGUAUUUUUCCAAAAUGCCUUCAUCUUUUUUGGAGGACUCGUUUUUAAGUUUGGCCGCACUGAAGACUUAUGGCAGUGAAAGCUUCUGAUUUGUUGCUGCCCAGCAGCCCUGCGUGGGGUUUCUUUUUGUUUGGUUGGUUUUUUUUUUUUACUACUCACUCCCAGUCUUUUGUAAUGCCAUUUUCUAAACUCCUUUCUGAGUAUAGUCUCAAAUUUGUAUAAUACUAAAAUCAUGAGAACUCUCUCUUUAAUCAACAACCACAGCAAAAUCUAUUGUGAUAUACAUUUGAUUACAUUUGAUUAACUUGUAAAAUGUUGAAGAAAAGUAUUUCACGUGAGAAAUUUUUAUUACAUUUUAUCAUGUUUAUAAAAAUAAAUCACAAAAGAAGUCA